UCUCUGUUUUCCAAAGACCUUUAUUUGACAUUCAGUGUAAGUCGUACUUAAAAAUCAGAGGCAAAUGCUAUGCUAGUAUUUGACAUUAUUUUAAAAUGAUCAUGUUGCAGUGACAGAAGUGUCCUGCAGGGCAGAGACGUCGAGCAAAGUUCAAGUCAUUCUCUACCUGAGAGAGUGAGCUAAGAACAAACUUUGACCUCAAUAAAAGUACGGAAGCAGAGAAAGUAACAACGACGACCCGUAAACGUCGCCUGUUGAGGGAGAAAGUGUGUUAACAUCAGUGUGUGUGUGUGUGUGUGUGCCAUGGUGUUCCCCAGGAAAACUAGGCUACGGCGCUGCCUGAAACUGUCGGCCAUCUUGGCUCUGCUGGUCUUCAUCAGCUCCCUGUGGCUACCUCAAGUUGGAAAUAAAGACUGUGGCAACACCUGGCAGCCAUGUUUGAGUUUUUACCAUCAGACGUCUGAACAUCCACCGGCUGCUCUGAAGUGGGCGGGGUCCGAUGAAGACCCACCCACCAUAAAGGACUGUCCCGGUCAGGAGUUUCAGGCUCGUCUCCUGCUGAUGUAUCUGAGGUCCAGUCUGUCUAAGAGCGGAGACGACGAAGACGAUGUUCUGCUGGAGCCGUACCUGCAGAGCUGGGAUCAGCUGCUCAGCUUCAUGAACUCUCUGGGAACGAUGGUCAGUUUCUUCUCGCAAAAAGUGAAGAAAAAAGUUACACUAGUUCAGGAGCUGUCACUCAAACACGCUGCAGAGGCUGAUGGGAAAAACAAUGCCCAACAUUCUGCCCUACAGAAAGUUUCAUCAUCUGGACUGAACCGCGGGGCCUUUCGAUCAAUUCGAUCCAUGGUGGAGGCGGAGCUAAAAGCGGGUGUGGUAAACUUCUCCCAACGCACAGAUUCAGGCUGCAGGACGCUGCUGCGACUCCACCGUUCUCUGCUGUGGCUCAAACUGAUGCUGGAGGGUUUGGCUGGAGGGCCGGACGCAGACGGACGAUACAAAACUCCAGGAGAACUGAGCAGGGAUGCCUACAAGGUGGCGCUAGCUCCCUACCACCACUGGGUGCUGCGCCAGGCUGCGGAGUUGGUCUUCAUAGCUCUCCCUGACCGACAGUACUUCCUGCAGCUGGUGUGUGCCCAGCACCAGGAGGAGGCCACGCCCAUCAUGAACAUCAUCAUUCAGGCCCUGACUGUGGUCCACCAGCGAACGCAGCACAUCCUGGCCCAGCACAACAUGCUGGAGCUGCCCUGAACUACCUCAGGGUCACCCGGGGUCAACUGCAGCCGUUAACACUGAAGAUGAGGAGCUGGAGAGGCCGAGGUCUUCAUCCAUGAUGGACAGUACAAUAAUCAGCAGAGAUUCAGCAGACAUGAUGGACUGAAGAAGCUGCUCAGUAAGGACAUGAAGAUGAUCAUCAUGAUGAAUAUCUAGGCUGUUUCUCUUCUCCUCUCUCAUCUCCAACUGAAGUCCAAAAUCAUCACCUCCCUGUUCCUUUCGACAAAUACUGGCUUAUUUAGGUUUGUGGUUUUUGACAAAGCACCAGUCCAGUGUCUUUGAAGUCUCACAGAUCACCU